GUGUGACCCUGUGUUCACCUGCAAUGCCAAGAACUACUCAGUGCUGAAGUUCAGUGAGGAAGUUCAGUAAGGAAAUAUAAUACUCCAAACAUUAUGAAGAAUUUGUCAAUGGGUUUUCUGCUCCAUCCCAUUCUCCUGCUCCUCAUGCUUCCCUUCUGGAUACAAGGAUCCGAUUUUUCACAAAAGAUAAAGCACAAAAAGAAUGAGACAGCUAUAUUGGGAGAAAAUGUGACAAUUUACUGUAAUUUGACAGCUCCAGCAGAUGUGGUGCAAAUUACUUGGCAAAAGAUCCAAGGCUCUUUGCCACAAAAUAUUGGCACUUACAGCAGGAAAUAUGGGGAAAAGAUUCUGCCACCAUACCUAGAUCGGCUGCACUGUGAGACCAUCGAACCCAAUUCCUCACUCAUAACUAUCCGUGAAGUGACCUUUGAAGAUGAAGCCUGCUACAAGUGUCUGUUUAAUGUGUUUCCACAUGGCAGCUACGGAGGACAAAUCUGCCUUAAGAUUCUAACCAUAUCUGAAUUAAGAACUGAACUCCAGUCCAAUCUUGACUCUGAAGGAUUUCUUACAUUUAUUUACUCAGCUAUGGGAAAACCUGCUCCUCAAAUAUCUCUUUUCCCCUCACAAGUCCUGGUCAAUCCUCCAGAGGAAUACCUUGCUCAGAACCCAAAUGGCACUGUAACUGUCACUAAGCUGCAUAACAUCUCUUUGGAGACUGUGAGAUCCCUGGGGCUCCAACACCUGAUUGUGCACUUGGAUCAUCCUCUAAGGAGUGAAGAGAAGAUUGUUCCUCUGUCCGUAAAACAAGAAUGUAUUUCCAGUUCUUCAUAUAUCCGGCUAUCUAUAGUUGCUGUAUUAAUGACUUCUCCAUAUGUUGCACUUAUCACCUUUCUCUGUAUUGCUCAGCAAAAGAAAAAGCUGAUUGGAGACUCUUCCCCACCACCAUUUGAAUGAUUGCUCUAAUUGACAUUUUUCUGAUUAUUCAUGAGUAGCGAAAACCUCUGGAAGUUGCUGAAAUACGAAUCCCCAUCUUCAAUGCAAGCGGUUCCUCAAUAAAGAAACAAACCGGUCACGUCAUGAAAGGAGAGGUC